AUGAAGUUUUUGAAUAUUGGUCUUUUGUUAGCUGGUGCCACGGCUGCAAUAGUUCCAGAUGAUGUGGACAAGGACACUGAUUCAGCGGAUUCCAUAAGCUUACGCGAGUUGAAGCUUGGCCAAUUAAAUUUUUUACAUACCACUGAUACCCACGGAUGGCUAGGAUCUCAUGUAUCACAACCAGACUAUGAUGCGACUUGGGGUGACUAUGUCUCCUUUGCCCAGCGGUUCAGAGAACGAGUGAAAGACAAGGACCUUAUUUUGAUCGACUCUGGUGACAAACGUACCGGUAAUGGUCUCAGUGAUCUCACUAGUCCGAUGGGUUUGAAGUCAAGCGGUAUCUUUAACCUUCAGAAACUUGACUUGUUAACUCUCGGUAAUCAUGAACUGUAUACGGAAGAUGUGGUUCGCUUGGAAUACUAUGGAACAGCAAUGGAGCCUGAGCUAAGUGAUAAAUAUGUCACAAGCAAUGUGGAAUUUAUCACAGAAGAUGGGGACGUGUAUCCGUUCGGCAAUAAAUAUAGGUACUUUGAAACGCCAAACCAGAAUCUACGUGUAUUGGCGUUCGCAUUCAUGUUCGAUUUUCCGUGGGCUGCUAAAAAUGUUAGGUUAACCCCUCUGGCCGAAGAGGUUAAAAAGGACUGGUUCACCCAAACUGUGGAAAAGUACCCCGCUGACAAGCUUGAUAUUAUAGUUGUCUUCGGUCAUUUACCAGUCACCCGUGGCGAAAACGAAGAGCUUCUGCAGUUACACAAACGACUAAGGGAAUCUUACCCUGACACUAUUAUCCAGUACUUCGGAGGUCAUACUCAUGUCAGAGAUUUCGUGGUUUUGGACGAAAAAGCGACUGCGUUACAAAGCGGCAGAUAUUCUGAAACAGUGGGAUUCCUAUCGAUAGAUGAUGUUGCUAAAGAAAAGCCAGAGUUUUUCAGAUCCUAUAUGGACUUUAACCUGAGAUCCUUUAUGCACCAUUCUGGGUAUAAGAACAUCGAAGAGUUCCGUACAAAGGACGGAGAAUAUGUGAACGCACAAAUUGAAGAGCUUCGUGAGAAACUCGGGUUAAAUACUGUAUUUGGAUAUGUUCCAGAGGAUUAUUAUCUAGAUGCAGAACCAAUUGAAUCUCCAAACAACAUCUACAACUUCCUCACCAACAAGAUCCUUCCAACGUUGCGCUCCGAUGCAUAUGAUGAAACUGUGUCUCGCUUCAUCAUGAUAAACACUGGUUCCAUGAGAUAUGACUUAUAUAGAGGUAACUUCACGGCCGAUGUUGAAUACAUUGUGACACCGUAUCAGAAUGAUUGGAAAUACAUAGAAGUACCAACAAAAUUGGGAGGAAUACUGGCCGCGUACAUGAAUAGUGGCAAGCCAAUCUUCACAUCGAUUGCGAAUGAACUACCUAGACUUUCUCGCAGAGAUUCUAGAUGCCCAGUAAUUACUGAUGCGAACCUAUCCAGAGGCUACACUACUGCAGACGACGCCGGUUGCACAGGCGACGACACGCCUCACCAAUCAACACCAUCUUACCCUGUUCCAAAUGUAGUACAAUCUGUUGAGAUUAACGAAGAAGCUGGAGAAGAUGGUACUGCGCACCUAGUCUUUUAUAGUUUUAUGGAGAAAAGAAUUGUGGUCGCACUAAACGAGUUAAACAUUUUACAGAAAGUAACAACCAAAACCUAUUCAGCAGCUGAUGUUAAACUAUAUGGUGGACCCAACAGUAGGCAAUUGCUGAGAAAUUAUUUCAAGUCUCUUUCCUAUUAA